UCCAAGAUGUACCCUCAGAUAUUACUGGACUGUUAACAAUUCUUCCUCUAUCUUUUAAAAUGAGUGGCCAGAAGAUAACUGGCUGAAAGUUUAGUUAUGAAAAAUCAUCUUUAAUAGUUUUGCAAUCGGCUUCUGCUUUUUCAUGUCAAAAGUUGAAGAUCAAAGGCAGAUGUCUACCCGAAAUGGCGUCUACAUUGUUCAGGGUGAAAUGUCUCUUGUGGUGGCGGCUUUACGAAGAAAUGUUCGUGGCGGCUCCCACAGUCACCAGGAUGAAGAACAAGAUCCAUUACUUCAUGGAUUUUCUCAACUUAAAGACCAGCUUGCAGCUAUUUCUGAUUUGAGUGAAGUAGAUGUAAACACUUUCUUGGGCCCAUUUCUUGAAGUCAUUAGGUCCGAAGACACAACAGGACCUGUUACUGGUGUUGCGUUAUCGUCUGUGAACAAAUUUCUGUCUUAUGGACUUGUUGAUCCAGCCAGUGAAAGUGCAGCAUCUGGUAUUGAGAAUCUGGCUGAUGCUGUUACUCAUGCUAGAUUUGUAGGCACAGACCCUAGCAGUGAUGAAGUAGUACUCAUGAAGAUUCUUCAGGUGCUCAGGACACUGCUGCUAACACCUGUUGGUGCACACAUGACAAAUGAGUCAGUCUGUGAGAUCAUGCAGUCCUGCUUCAGGAUUUGUUUUGAAACAAGACUCAGUGAACUGCUUCGACGUUCUGCUGAACAGACCUUGAUGGACAUGGUGCAGCUUCUAUUUUCAAGACUCCCUCAAUUUAAAGAAGAGCUAAAGUCAGGGAUGAUCCCUAAUAUAAGAAAGGUGUUCAAAAGAGCUGGAGCCAUUGCAACUGGAAAAAGGAAGAAGCAUAUGUCUCCUAAACCAAGACGAGGUCACUUUGAAGAGAUGCCCCUUGCAACAACAAUAACAACAGUAGCUACAACAACAAUCACAAGCCCCUCUGAUCCACUGAAAGAGGAUAUCAAACAUGAAAAUGUCUCUGAAACUGAUCCAACUCUGCAAGAAAAUUUCUUGCAAGAGUCUUCUGAAAUAUCAGAUUGUGUACCAGGACAACCUGUGUCUGAUGGAGACACAGGCAAGCCUGCUGGAGAUUGCACCAACCUCACUGAACCUCUCAAUGAAGAAGGGCCAUCUAUAGCAUCACAGCUAAUGAGCAGUGAAGUAGAAGGGGAUGGUCUGAGCAUGGAAGGAAUUGUUAUGUCUGAAGAUGAGCGAGAGGUUGUAUGUGAAAAGUCAGCAGAAGAGGUUGGCGCGGACAUUGUUGCUAGCUCCCUCAUAACAGAGGAUGAUGAUCAAGUGAAAGAAAUAAUGGGAAGUACUGCAUCAUUAGAAACAGUUGAGUCAGAGGACUUGUCAGAAGUAGCAGAGGGAAGCCAAACAGAAGCAAUGCUGCAACAAGAUGACUAUGUUAACCCUCGUGGAGUGCGUUUUACCCCACAAGAACCUGUUAAAGAGGGUGCCGGUCCUUUGGUUCCCUAUGGUUUGCCUUGCAUUCGAGAACUAUUCAGAUUUCUUAUUUCUCUCAUUAAUCCCCAUGACAGGCAUAAUUCUGAAGCCAUGAUUCAUAUGGGACUGUCUCUCUUAACUGUUGCUCUUGAAUCUGGUUCCCAUCACAUUGGAACUUUUCCAUCACUGAUGAAUUUUGUUAAGGAUGACAUGUGCAAGAAUCUCUUCUGGCUUAUCCAGUGUGAUGUUCUUGGACUCUUUACCAUGGCAAUGAGAGUGUGUUUCCUGUUGUUUGAAGGGCUUCGCACUGAAUUGAAAUUCCAAAUGGAGAUGUUUUUCAAGAAGCUCAUGGAUAUCUUGUCACUAGAUCCCCAAAGUGUACCCUAUGAGAAAAGAGAACUUACCCUUGAUGCAGUCAAUCAGCUUUUCAGGGUUCCAAAUUUAGUCAUGGAACUUUAUUUGAACUACGACUGUGAUGUGUACAGCACUAAUGUAUUUGAGGAACUCUGCAAACUUCUCUCCAAGAACGCCUUUCCUUCAGCUGGAAGCCUUUAUAGUGUACAUUUACUUUCUCUUGAUGCUCUCCUUGCUGUGGUCCAGAACAUUGAGGAACACUGUCACUCUGAGCUUUUAAACACAGUAGAAAAUUCCACAGAUGAAAAUAACGCUGAUAAAUGUCCAAGCAAGACGACAGGAGAUGACGAUUCAGGCAUAGAUGACAAAUGUGAUUCCUCCUCACUUAUGUCUCCACCGUCGCCACCAACUUCUGGCUUUGCUAUGGCCAAAAAAAUGACCGUGGGUGUGGCAUCACAAGAGCUGAGCACACAAGACAGUGCUGCAAAGAGCUGUGAUCACUCUGGUGAUGACAAGUCUUUCAACUCAUCUCUCGGUCUUCUACUCUCUUCCCACCUUCCAGCAGUCGAGACUCUGGCCAAGCUGAGACAGAGAAAGAAGAUUCUUCAAGCUGGUACUGAGCAGUUCAACAACAAGCCUAAGAAAGGAAUUGAAUUUUUGCAAGAGCAAGGGCUGCUUUCAUCUCCUCUUAAUCAUGAGGAAAUGGCCAAAUUUUUGCGUGAAAAUCCACGUCUUGACAAGAAAACGAUUGGCGAUUACCUCGGUGACAAAAAGAACACGCGAGUUUUAGAAGCAUUCGUGCGGUCUUUCCAUUUCCAUGAUUCAAGAGUGGAUGAAGCUCUUCGUUCUUUCUUAGAAAGUUUUCGUCUUCCGGGUGAAAGUCCUGUCAUUGAACACAUUAUAGAGUUCUUUUCUGAAUUGUUCUAUGAAGGUAAUCCAGAGCCAUAUGCCAACAAGGAUGCUGUAUUUACACUCUGCUAUGCUGUUAUUAUGUUGAAUGUGGACCAGCACAAUUCCAACAUCAAACAACAGAAACCAAUGACAUGCGAGGAAUUUAAGAAAAACCUGAGAAAGACAAAUGGCACGGCGGAUUUUAAAGCAAGUAUGCUAGAGGAAGUGUAUCAUGCAAUAAGAAAUGAAGAGAUUGUCAUGCCUUCGGAGAGAAGUGGAAAGAUAAGAGAGAAUUAUGAUUGGAAGGUUUUGUUGCGUCGCAGCAGUAGUCCUGAAGGGAAGUAUAUUAAUGGCUUGGGAAGCAGCUUUGAUAAAGACUUGUUCUUAAUCAUAUGGGGUCCCACUGUGGCUGCUUUGUCAUAUGUUUACGAUAACGGACUGGAAAAGAGUGUUGCGCAGAAAGCUAUCGUCGGAUUUAGAAAAUGCGCCCUCAUAUCAGCUCAUUACAGCUUGUCAGAUGUGUUUGAUAACCUGGUUAUUUCACUGUGUAAAUUUACAUCACUACUUACCCCACCAGAGACUGGAGAGAGUCUAUCAGUAUCUUUUGGUAGAAAUCUAAAGUCGCAGCAAUCAGCAAGAACCUUGUUCGCUUUGGCCCAUCGUCAUGGGGAUAUUUUACGAGAAGGCUGGAAGAAUAUAAUGGACUGUAUGCUUCAGCUAUUCAAAGCCAAGUUGUUGCCCAAAUCUAUGGUGGAGGCGGAAGACUUUGUUGAAGCCAGCGGGAGAGUUAGUCUUUUACCAGAAGAACUGCCAUAUAUAAGGCCGGAAACAUCUCUAUUUUCGUGGUGGUUUGUGAACCCAGAGCCAGCAAGUUAUAGAGGUCAGACCACAGAAGACAAAGAAGCACAAAAACAAGCACAUACCUGCAUCAGAGAUUGCCUACCAGAGCUCCUCAUCACAGAGAGCAAGUUUUUGAGACCUGAUUCCUUGAAUGAGCUCAUAAAGGUGCUGAUUUACAAUUCAAGUAUUGAGAACCAAGAAUCUGUCCCUUACGAUGAAGAGGCUGCGGUUUUUUUCCUGGAACUUCUAAUAAGAGUUGUUUUGCAAAACAGGGAUCGUGUGUCAGCAUUAUGGGCCACAGUGAGGGAUCAUUUGUCAAACAUUCUUGUCAAUGCAACUCAUCACAGUUCAAUUGUGGAGAGAUCUGUUGUUGGCUUGCUAAGGCUGGCAAUUCGUCUCUUGCAUAAAGAAGAAGUAUCCAGUCAAGUUCUUUUAACCCUUCGUAUCUUAUUGUUAAUGAAGCAUGAUGUUCUGCAAGAUUGUGGGAGGCAAAUUUCUUUCGGACUUCACGAACUGAUCCGGACUAACGCCUCUAGUAUAACAUGCUCUCGAGACUGGGUCACAGUUUUUGCUUUGCUGGAGUGUGUAGGUGCUGCUGCUUCACUACCAACUGUUACUUCAAGUAAUGUGGCCAUGUCCACGGCAUCAUCCGAUGUGGGAAGUGAUUUGACAUCGAGAGAUUACGAACUUGCGGACGGAAUAUCAAACUCCGAAAGUGAAGGCGGCUCAUUUACAAGUAUUGAAGCGGAUUCAGGUUUGAGUGGAAGUGUUUUAGGAGACACGUGGUUGGUGAUUACAAAACAGGACUCAGAAAGCUCUCCUGCGAACCAGUAUGAAUUAACAGUGGGUGCAAAAUUAAACAAGCAUGAUAGUAAAUCGUUUGUGAAAUCGUGUCAGAGCUUGGCCUUUUUGAUCCGCGACAACGCUCAUGUCACAAAGGAAAAUUACCUGCAUUGCGUUCACGCUCUUCGCUUAUUCUCAGAGGCUAGUCUAAAUGGAGGAGCUGGAUAUCGCCAAGAUGGCUGGCAACUCAAAGAGAGCACAGCUGAUUACAAAGGAAGUUGGGGGCGCUCUAGCAAAAAGACAUCUUCGUCAUCUUCACGCUCAAAGAAAGUGAGUCCAACAGGUUUGAAGACACGUAAAUCUACCAAGUCGGCCACCAGUAGUCCAGCCACGAGUGAGGAUGAAGCUGAGAUCGUGGAGACUAUCAACAAUACUUAUGAUGCCAUGUCUCUCCAGCUCCUUGAGCUCAUGUACACUCUUCACACUCAUGGAAGAGGAAUUUUUGAUAAAUUCCCAGGUAUGGCUGAUGGUAGCCCUGAUGUACCAGUUCACGACCAGAGCUUGGACUUUCUGUGGACUAAGUGCUGGUGUCCCUUGCUGCAAGGAAUUGCACGCCUUUGUUGUGAUGUGCGCAGGGAUGUGAGAAUGUCUGCUCUUACUUAUCUUCAGCGGGCGUUACUCGUUCAAGAUCUUCAAAAUCUAUCUGCCAUGGAAUGGGAAGCAUGUUUUAACAAGGUUUUGUUUCCCAUGCUGUCUCAACUAUUAGAAGUCAAUAGCAAUAGUGAUCCAAUGGGUGUCGAAGAAACGCGCAUGAGAGCUGCUACUCUACUCUGCAAGGUGUUCCUACAGCAUUUGACGCCUUUGUUGUCUUUAUCCACUUUUACUGCGCUGUGGUUGACAAUCCUGGAAUUUAUGGAUAAGUACAUGCAUGCAGAUAAGAGCGAUCUUCUGUUUGAAGCCAUUCCAGAAUCUCUAAAGAAUAUGUUACUGGUGAUGUCAACAGCAGGGAUAUUCGAUGAAGAGGAAUGUACAUUAACAGCUGGUUCCCAAAGUGAUAACCGCAAAACACCUGCCAGGCCAGAAUCAGACAUACAUAAGUACUCUGCACUAUGGCAGGUCACAUGGGAACGGAUUGACUGCUUCUUACCCAACCUCCGCCAGGAACUUUUUACACCUCGCAGUCAAUUACCCGUUAGCAACAUCCCUAAAGUGAAGCCUGAGCAGGAGAAAACAGUUUCGGAGGAAAGCAAUCGCGCUAUGGAGUUGCCUAGUAACGUUGAUAAAAUGGAUAACCAAGACAAUCCAGACGGUGAGCGAAGCUUGCCU